AUGUUCUCCCUUCGCUCCGUCCUCGGAGCCCCCAUGGCCCUCCGCCAACUCUUCCCCUUCGUCUCUCGCCGCAGCAUACCCGGAGCUGCUUCGCUUCGUCCUUUCUCGCAUAUGAUCCGGAACAGCCUCACGAGGCUGCGCAAUUCUCAGACACAAGGCAGCAAUGCUGUUACUAGCACCAUCGGCUCUGCCCGGCAGCUUGAGCAGGUUCGGGGGAUGAAGACUCGCUCUUCAGUCAAGCGUCUGUGUGAUGGCUGCAAGCCCGUCCGACGCAAGAACCGCGUUUACAUUAUCUGCUCCAAGAACCCCAAGCACAAGCAAAGACAAGGGAAAUAG